AUGGUGGGCCUCAUGCAAAUGCAACAGCAGGUGCAACAGCAGUUGCUCCAACAACAAGCACAGUUGCUCCAGACACAGCCUCAACAAGGACGAGGGGAACAGUGUGAAAAUCGUAGCAGUAUAGCUGAAUUUAAGAGGCUGGCUCCUCCAGCUUUUCAGGGGACUACAGAACCUUUGGAAGCAGACAAUUGGCUUACGGAGAUGGAAAAAGCAUUUGCUGUCUUAAGAUGCCGGGACGAUGAAAAACUUUUGUUUGCAUCAUACAUGUUGCAGGGAGAAGCAUUUAAUUGGUGGCAGAUGUUGGAGCAUAAAUUUGAGCAUGAUGGGGAACCUCUCACUUGGGAUAAAUUUCGAAAAGCAUUCUAUGAUAAAUAUUUUCCUCGGAGUGUAAGGACACAGAAGGAACAAGAAUUUAUCCAUUUGAAGCAAAGGGGCAUGACAGUGGCCGAAUAUGAAGCCAAAUUCACAGAACUAGCCAAAUUUGUUCCGAAAUUGGUAGAGGAUGAACAAGACCGAGUGCACAAGUUUGAGAUGGGAUUGAAGACUGAAAUUAGGAAGCAAGUGGUACCCUAUGAGUUGACUACCUACGCAGCUGUGGUGAAUAAAGCUUUAAUCAUUGAAAGGAAAGUCAAUGAAGCUUUUGCUGAAAGGGAAAGAAACCAAAAGAAAAGAAACAGACCUGCUGAAUUUAAAGGGGGAAACAAGAAUUUCAAGAAUCCAGCUCAGAAGCCAAAUAAAGAUAGAAAUCUCAAAAAUGAGAAUGGGAAGUGUUCAAGAUGUGGCGGUAAUCAUGAAUUUGCAAAUUGUCCUUGGGUUACAGGUUCUUGUUUUCAUUGCGGACAGAAAGGUCAUAAAAUUGCAGACUGCCCACAAAGAAACGAGAAUAAAUCUACGCAGGCGAUGGAAGGAAGUCAGAGGCCAAAGACUCAAGGAAGGGUAUUUGCACUUACACAGCAGGAUGCACAAGCUUCUAAUGCAGUGGUGACAGGUACUAUUCCUGUAUCCAAUAUUUAUGCUUAUGUCUUAUUUGAUCCUGGUGCCACACAUUCAUUCAUAUCCUCAAACUUUGUCAAAGUACAUGACAUAUUAUGUGAAUCUAUGACCACUAAGUUCUAUGUGGAGACACCAGUAGGCG